AUGGCUGAGACCCCCUGCUCCCUGGGGCCCCCGGCCCCGUUGGUCCCCUCCCAGCCCAGCCCCAUCUCCCUGGAGGACCUGGAGGUACUCCUGCAAGAAGGGGACCGCAGCCCCGAACCCCUGAGCGCGGUGGAGUCCUCAGACCCACUGGAGUCCAGCGACCUGGCCUCCACCACCGUCCUGGAGCCAAACACCCCUCGGGGCUGGGAGCAGAUGGAAGAGAGGGUGGCCGAGCUGCAGGCGGAGGUGGCGGCCCUGGGCACGCACCGGGACCACUGUGAGCGCGCCAUGCUGGGGCUGCUGCGGGAGCUGCUCCAGGUGCGCACUCGCCUGCAGCGGCAGGAGGCAGAGCUGGGGGCGCUGCAGCAGGAGGUGCAGCGGGCGGCCAGGGGCCUGGAGGAGCCGCAGGAGGUGAGCGGGAACCAGAAGCAGAUGCAGGCUCUGGACAAGAGGCUGCUGGAGGUCCGGGAUGCCCUGGGCCGCAUCCGGAGGCAGCAGGCUCUGCAGGACUCGGAGCGGAAGGGAGCCCAGCAGGAGGUCUCACUCAGGUUCGCCCAGCUGUCCGGAGAGCUGAAGCAGGAGGGCCAGGCCAGGGAGGCGGCCUGUGGCUCCCUGCGGAGGGACCAGGAGGAGGCCAGCCUGCGGGUGGAGCAGGACAUGGCCCGGAUGCAGGCCCAGGUCACCAAGCUGGGGGAGGAUAUGAGCCUGCGGUUCCUCAAGAGAGAGGCCAAGCUGUGCGGCUUCCUGCAGAAGAGCUUUCGGGCGCUGGAGAAGAGGAUGAAGGCCUCGGAGAGUACACGGCUCAAGGCCGAGGGCAGUCUGCGGGAAGAGCUGGACGUCCGAUGGCAGAAGCUGCAGGAGCUGGACGAGGCUCGCGUGCAGGCCAUACUUGAGCAGUGCCAGCAGGAGGAGCAGCGGGUAGUACAGCGGUGCCAGGGCCUGGAUGACGCCGUAGUCCGGUUGACCACAUUCGUGCGGCAGAACCAGGAGUCCCUGAACCACAUCCUGGUAACCCAGAAGAAGGCCCAGGACACCAAGGGGCGCCUGGAGGAGAGCCAGGCGGAGGAGGUGGCCUUCUACCUCCAGGAGAGUCAGGACAGCCUGGAGGCCAUGCGGCUGGCAGGGACCCUGGCUCAGCAGGAAACUCAGGAUGCCCUGGAGCUGCUCCAGGAGAAGAACCGGGCCCUGGACCUGUCCUUGGCCCAGCUGGCCCAGCAGGUGAAGGAUCUGAGCGACCACUUCCUGGCCCUCAACUGGAGGCUGGACCUGCAGGAACGGACACUGAGCCUGCGGCUGAGCGAGGCAAGGUGCGAGUGGGAACACCUGGAGCAGGACUCCCUGGCAAGCCUGGCCCAGGGCCAGCAGGAGGUCGAGGCACAGCUGAGGGAAGUGCAGGAAACUGUGGGCAGCCUGCCCCGGCAGAUAGAGGCUUUCUGGGACAAGUGUGUCCUUCACAAGAGUGACUUGGACCUCAAGAUCUCUGCUGAAGGCCGAGCCAGAGAGAUGGCGGUAGGGGCCCUGCGGCAGGAGUUUGCAGCACUGCUGACUGCCGUGCAGCUGCUCAAGGAGGACAACUCUGGACGCAAGAUCGCUGAGAUCCAGGGCAAGCUGACCACGUUUCAGAACCAAAUGAUGAGAUUGGAGAAUAGCAUGCAGGACCACAGGGCCAUCCAGAACCUCAAGUUUAAUACGGAGACCAAGCUGCGCUCAGAGGCCAUGGCAGCCCUGCAGGAGAGCCUCAUGCGUCUGUGGGGUGAGCAGGGCCGGGGAGCACCAGCGUGGCAACGUCUCUUCAUCAAGGACACGGCCCCCAGCGUUGUGGUCUCCCUGAACCGCUGGGGCAUCUAUCAGGCCCUGAGGUGGUUGCAGUGGAAGGCGGAGCUCCUGGGCUUGCUGGCGAGGUGCCGCUGCACCGUCCAGCACAAGCUGCACCACCGGCAACCCUUCCACCAGCCCAGGUCACUGCCGCCGCCCCCCAAAUAA